CAGAAAUUAGUGAAAUUACAAAAAAAAGAGUUCGGUCGUGUUCAGUGAGGGAAAUAAACAGAAAGAGGAAGAAGGAUGGUUUCUUUGUACGAUUCCUGGAAAUGAAGAGGAUUGACCACGCUGAUUUUUUUAUAUACACGCGAAUGACACCACAAGUAUAUGAGAUUUGGCUUACUCUUGUUGAGCCCUUUUUAAACAAGAAUUCGUUGAGGGAGUCUGUGCAACCGGAAUGUCGAUUAGCUUUGACAUUACAAUAUUUGUCACAAGGAACUUCGUUUCAAUCGUUGGCAUGGUCAUUUCAACUGGGGAAGGAAACGGUUAGGCGCAUUAUUCUGGAGACAGCUGAAGUCCUUUGGACGAAGUUAGGCGCUGUUUAUGUAUCUGAGCCUAAUGAAGAAGAUUUCAAGCAAAUUUCUCAAGACUUCUGGGAACUAUGGAAUAUGCCCAACUGUGUUGGAUCUAUUGAUGGGAAUCAUAUCGCUAUUCGAUGCCCACCUAAAAGCGGUAGUCAAUUUUUCUGCUACAAAAAAAUUGUUUCUAUUGUGUUGUUAGCAGUGUGUGAUGCCCGAUAUCGGUAUAUAGAUAUUGGUGCAUAUGGAAGUCAGAGUGAUGGUGGUAUUUUUCAAGUGAGUCGAUUGGGAAAGAGGUUGCUAGAUCACAAACUUCCCAUCCCUCCAGCGAAAAACUUACCAAAUACGCAACUAAAAACUCCACACUUCUUCGUUGGUGAUGCUGCCUUUCCUUUAGGGAUAAAUUUAAUGUGCCCAUACCCUGGGGGAAUGCUACCAAAUGAAAAAGAGGUGUUUAAAUCAAGAGAUCGUCGCACAAUUGAAAACUCUUUUGGAAUACUAGUAGCGCGUUGGCGAGUUUUACUAACAACAUUACAUUUAUUUCCGGAAAAUGAAGAAAAAAUUGUUUUAGCGUGCGUUGCUUUACAUAAUUUUAUUAUGUUUAAUAACGUGAAUGCAUCUUCGUAUAUUGCAAGCAACUAUGCUGAUUGGGAGGACUCUAAUGGUGAUUUUCAUGACGGUUUAGGAGUUUUAAAAAAUAAGAAAAUUAGGUUGAAUUCUUUUCAAUUUCAUGUUUGCCUAUUUUCGCGACGUAAGCGAUAUAAUUCCGAUAUCAUUUUCUCUUGGAAACUGUCUUUGACCGAAACUGGCAGGUCUUGCAUCAGACACAAAACCGUCGUCAUAAAGGCCUCAUCAGUUUCACAUCUUUCAGCCGGCGCCGCCAUUUGCUUUUUUGUUUCUUCGGAGGUGGGGAUGAAAUUUCAUUUAAACUAUCACUCGUAG